CUCUCUCCCUCUCCCCCUCUCUCUCUCUGCUUUCCCAGGAAACUUCAAGCAGCCUGAACUGGCUCUUCCAAAUGAAGUGCUAACAAGAGGACUCUGGCAGGAAACUCCACUGUAAACAGAAAGGCAGAGAAGCAGCCACCGGUGGCAGGAAGCCAGCCCUAGCUGCUAAGAAGCCUGCGAGAUGGAGCUGUCCUCCCACCCGGCUUCCCCAAACAGCUUUCAAGGACCGGACGGGAUGGAAAACCUCGGCAGCAUCCUGAAGCAAAAAGCAACGGAGAAGCAUCACCGAGCUGAGGUCAUGAUCGCAGGGGAGCAACUGAGGUAUGUUCUUUGCACUUGAGCCUUCUCUCUUUCAGGGAUCCCCAUUUGUUUGCUCCCCCCUCCGCCUUUGGAAGUGGCUGGCUGUCACUUUCCAGUACUAGGUUGCAAGCCAGCCAAAGAGAGCCAGAUCCCGGGCUUAAGAUGCCUCUGUUAUUUUAUUUCUUUUAAACCUUUGUGUAAAUGUAAGUCACAAUUGCAAAAGGAGGGUUUGUUGUUGUUCAGUCGUUUAGUCGUGUCCGACUCUUCCUGACCCAUGGACCAGAGCACGCCAGGCACUCCUGUCUUCCACUGCCUCCCGCAGUUUGGUCAAACUCAUGCUGGUAGCUUCGAGAACACUAUGCAACCAUCUCGUCCUCUGCCGUCCCCUUCUCCUUGUGCCCUCCAUCUUUCCCAACAUCAGGGUCUUUUCCAGGGAGUCUUCUCUUCUCACGAGGUGGCCAAAGUCCUGGAGCCUCAGCUUCAGGAUCUGUCCUUCCACUGAGCACUCAGGGCUGAUUUUCUUCAGAAUGGAGAGGUUUGAUCUUCUUGCAGUCCAUGAGACUCUCAAGAGUCUCCUCCAGCACCAUAAUUCAAAAGCAUCAAUUCAUUGGUGAUCAGCCUUCUUUAUGGUCCAGCUCUCACUGCCAUACAUCACUACUGGGAAAACCAUAGCUUUAACUAUACGGACCUUGGUCGGCAAGGUGAUGUCUCGGCAAGGUGAUUACACUGACUAAAUGCGAGGUGGUCCCUGAUCUAUUAUCAUCAUGGCACAGUCACCCGCCAAAAGGCAGAAGGGGCGAGCAAUCUGCCUCAUCUCUGAGGGUUUCCAGCAAGGGCAGGAUCCUGUAGCAUACUUCGGCGACAAAAAAUCAAAUAGAGGAACUUAGCUAUUGUCUUGGUGAGCUCCUGGUCUCUCCCCUGUAAUAAGAAGCGCAUAACCUCAGUCUCUAGUUUCCAUGUUGGAAUACAUAGAUGGUCUAGAAAUUGUUGGUGGAGAUCAUCAUGUAUUUUACAGUUAAGCUAGAGUUUCCACCAGGUGGGCAUCGCAUGGGCAGAUCCUAUCUCCUGCCAAACCCGCAAACCUACUCCAAAGGAGGUUAGAAGGAUUAGAAAUGAACCUAGCCAGCGAAAAGGCCCUUCUUUCUUGUGCAUUAAACAAAAAUUGUAAAUAAUUAAGAUUAAAUUCCUGCGCCCCAGAGAGUCAAAAAUAAAGAGGGGAGCAUAUUUUUUCCGCAGCUGAGAUUAGUCCCUGGUGAUCUAUGUCCCACAGCCUAGUUUUUAACAUGGUCUUGGUGACUGGGAGAGCCACAGCGCCCAGGAGAUCCUCUGAAAGCCCGAGUUGCCGUAUCUUUGUGCAAUUCCUGGGGAAGGAAAGGAGUCAGACAAAACUUCACUAAGUAAGGUAUCUUUGUCUGCUGAAAAACAAAUGCUUAGCCAGCAUAAAAGAAAGACAGGCACUGGCCUAUCUAUUUUAAAUGUAUUCUGAAUGUUCUUAUGUGAUGCCAAUAAAGGUUAAAGUACAGUGGUGCCCCGCAAGACGAACGCCUCGCAAAACGAAAAACUCGCAAGACGAAAGGUUUUUUCGUUUUCGAGUUGCUUCGCAAGACGAAUGUCCCUAUGGGCUUGCUUCGCAAGACGAAAACGUCUUGCAAGUUUGUUUCCUUUUCGUAAAACCGUUAAAACCCAGGGUGCAUUGCUUGAAGAGGUGCAGUUGCGACUUGACCUCGAGGAGCAACACAUUGCACGCGGUGUGGUGGCCUUUCUGAGCUUUUUAAAGAGUUUGCUGGAUUUUUGAAGCUUUUCCAAAACUUCUUCUACAGCUGUUUGGUAAGUUGAACUUUUAAAACUUUUUUGGGGUUUUUGGGAUUUUGGGUUGGGGUGUUUAGAAUUCAAGGACUUGGUGUUGGGGAGAGGUUUGCAAGAAUCUGGGAGCUUGUGUGGUUUUUUUCUGCAUUUUUAUGAUUUUCUGUGACCAUUGGGCCAUGUUUAUUUUUUUUUAAAAAAAAAAUCUGGCUUUGAAUUUUGAAUUUCUGUGUGCUGGGUGGAUGGGGAACAGCUGGGGAGGUGUUUGCAAGAAUCUGGGAGCUUGUGUGCUUUUUUUGAAUUUUUAUGAUUUUUUGUGACCAUUGGGCCAUGUUGUUUUUUUUGAAAAAGUUUCUGGGUUUUAAAUUUCUGUGUGCUGGGUGGAUGGGGGCCCAGCUGGGGAGGUGUUUGCAAGAAUCUGGGAGCUUGUGUGCUUUUUUUUGAAUUUUUAUGGUUUUCUGUAACCAUUGGGCCAUGUUGUUUUUUUUUGAAAAAUUUUCUGGGUUUUGAAUUUCUGUGUGCUGGGUGGCUGGGGGAACAGUUGAGGAGGGGUUUGCAACAGUUGGGGAGGGGUUUGCAACAGUUGGGGAGGGGCUGGGGGAACAGUUGAGGUUUUUGAAGACUUUGGUGAUUUUUAAAGCUUUCCCAAAAUUUCUUUUGCAGCCAUUUGAGGAUUUUGAAGACUUUGGUGAUUUGCAGCCAUUUCGUAAGUUAAACUUUUAAAACUUUUUUGGGGUUUUUGGAUUUUGGGUUGGGUGUUUGGAAUUCAAGGACUUGGUUGUGGGUUUGAAUUGCUGAUUUUUUUUUCUUUUCUGAGUUUUACAAAGGUAACAGCUGUGCUGCCAUGGGACCCAAGAAGACUGCUGCUGCUGCGGAGGCCGGCGAGAGGAAGAAGGAGAAGGUGACGCUGGAGAUGAAGAAGGAGAUCAUCCGGAAGCACGACGGUGGAAUGCGUGUGACGGACCUCGCCAGGGAGUACGGCAGGAACCCAUCGACCAUCGGGACCAUCCUGAAGAUGAGGGAGAAGAUCCUUGCGACUGAUGCAGCCAAGGGAGUCACCAGGAUCGUGAAGAACCGCCCAGCUGUUCUGGAGGAGGUCGAGAAGUUGCUCCUCAUCUGGAUAGAAGAGAAGCAGCGUGCAGGGGACACAGUGACUGAGGCCGUGAUUUGUGAGAAGGCCAAGGCCUUGCACGCAGACCUCAUCCGGGAACAGCCAGGAACCUCGGCCGAGCCAGAAGUCUUCAAGGCAAGCAGAGGCUGGUUUGACCGGUUCAAGGCAAGAUCCGGAAUCCACAGCGUGGUCAGGCAUGGAGAGGCUGCCAGUUCUGAUGUUCCUGCGGCUGAAGACUUUGCCUUGGAGUUCCUGGAGGUUGUGAAGACGGAGGGCUACGCUCCACAGCAGGUCUUCAACUGCGACGAGACCGGGCUGUUUUGGAAGAGGAUGCCCAAAAGGACUUUCAUCACUCAGGAGGAGGCCAAGUUGCCUGGCCACAAGCCCAUGAAGGACCGUCUGACCCUGCUCUUCUGUGCCAACGCAAGCGGCGACCUGAAGAUCAAGCCCCUGCUGGUGUACCACUCGGAGAACCCACGGGCCUUCAAGAAACACAAGGUCGACAAGGAGCGGCUGAGUGUCAUGUGGCGAUCCAACAGCAAGGCUUGGGUCACACGUGUGCUGUUUGUGGACUGGGUCAAUCUUGCCUUUGGCCCUGCUGUCAAACAGUACCUGCUGGACAAUGACCUGCCGCUGAAGGCUUUGCUUCUGAUGGACAAUGCUCCUGCUCAUCCUAAAGGCCUUGAGGUGGACUUGUUGGAGGAGUUCAGCUUCAUCAACAUCAUGUUCCUGCCGCCUAACACCACGCCACUGCUCCAGCCGAUGGAUCAGCAGGUCAUCGCCAAUUUCAAGAAACUCUACACCAAGGAGCUUUUCAGGCGAUGCUUCGAGGUGACUGAUUGCACCACCAUCACCCUGCGGGAAUUCUGGAAGGACCACUUCGACAUCGUCACCUGCUUGAAGAUGAUCACCACGGCCUGGAAGGGGAUCAGCCAGAGGAAUUUGAAUUGCGCUGGCGCAGCCUGUGGCCGGACUGUGUGGCACCAAGUGACUCUGAUGCACCAGAGUCGACAGUGGUGCAGGACAUUGUUGCCUUGGGGAGGACCUUGGGCCUGGAGGUCACAGAGGAGGACGUUUGCGAGCUGGUGGAGGAGCACGACGACGAGCUGACCACCCAGGAGCUGGUUGCACUGCAGUCAGAGGUUGCGCAGGAGCAGGCCUCGCUGGAAGAGGAGGAAGCAACUGAGGAACGGCUGUCCUCCAAAGAACUGAGGGACAUUUGCCAGAAGUGGAAUGAGGUGCAGGCUUUUGCAGAGCGGCACCACCCUGACAAGCACGUGGCACAUGACCAAGCGAACAUUUUUGAUACGACGGUCAUGUCGCCUCUCAGGGAGCUGCUGAAACGGCGGAUGAAGCAGCAGACCAUGGACAGGUUCCUCAGCAAGAAGCAAAGAGUGGAAGAGGAACCUUCUUCGAGUGGUCCCCAGAGUCUUAGAAAAUGUAAUGUACCCUUUUUGAUUUUUAAAUGUUUUUCCUGUCAUGUUUAGAAACUUAAUUUAUUGUUCCUUCAAUUUUGAUAUGCUCUUUAAAGUAUGUGUGACUUUAAAGAGCAGUUAAUAAACUCUUGUUGUACCGAAUUUGGCUUUGAUUGGACUUUUUUGACCAUAGGAACGCAUUAAUUGAAUUUCAAUGCAUUCCUAUGGGAAUUCGUGCUUCGCAAGACGAAAAAUUCGCUAGACGAAAAAACUCGCGGAACGAAUUAAUUUCGUCUUGCGAGGCACCACUGUAAAGGUAAAGGGACCCCUGACCAUUAGGUCCAGUCGUGGCCAACUCUGGGGUUGCAGCGCUCAUCUUGCUUUAUUGGCUGAGGGAGCCGGCGUACAGCUUCCGGGUCAUGCGGCCAGCAUGACUAAGCCACUUCUGGCGAACCAGAGCAGUGCACGGAAACACCGUUUACCUUCCCUCCGGAGUGGUACCUAUUUAUCUACUUGCACUUUGACAUGCUUUCGAACUGCUAGGUUGGCAGAAGCUGGGACAGAGCAACGGGAGCUCACCCCAUCGUGGGGAUUUGAACCGCUGACCUUCUGAUCGGCAAGUCCUAGGCUCUUUGGUUUAACUCACAGCGGCAACUUGACUUAAUUUAUUAUCAUCAUAGAAUUGUAAGAAUUGGAUGGCACCCAAGGGUCAUCUAGGCCACCUACCUGCAAUGCAGGAAUCCUGCACAGCUGCACAGCUAAAGAGUCCCUGAGAGGUGGCCAUCCAGCCUUUGCUUAAAAACCUCCAUCGAAACAGAGACCACCACCUUCUGAAGGAGACCAUGCUGCUAUCAAACAGCUCUUGCCGUCAGAAAGUGCUUCCUAAUGUUUAGUCGGAAUCUUGUAGCUUAUAGCCACUGGUUCGAGUCCUAUCCUCCAUCAACCUGGUAAGGUAGCCCAUCUAGGAGGAGGAAAACUCUGGUCCUGAACCUCUGCUACCUUGUGAGAUAUCUUUGACAGAGGCAUAGGAUACGGAGCAAACUCUAAACCAAUCCUGAGCGCAGUCGUUAAGAUGUUUGGAUGGUGCCUUGUAUGCUUCCUUCCAUUGACUCCUGCAGCCAAGCUGGUGCCAAACGUCUUGCUCUGCUUUCCUUUGGACCACACCAGCAAGGCCGAGAGGAGGGUCUUGUCAUCUGGGUAGCCCAGGACCUCUGUACACACUGCCCUGGCCUGCACACUAUGGAAGGUCGCUUUGGUGUUGCUAACACAGCAGUUUGACUUCACCCCUGGAGGCACACUCCAUUGCCUCUCGAGACAAGACAGAUACCAGCAACAGCAACAAACUUGAUGAUGAAGAUGUUGACCCGCUGUGCGGCAACUGUGAAAAAUAUGAAUUGCAUGCUAGGGAUCAUUAGGAAAGGAGCUGAAAAUAAAGACUUUCAUUAGAGUAACAUUUGAUGCAACUGCCCUUGGCAGUAUCACCAUGCAAAGGGUAUUCUAGAAAGGGAACAGGCUCGGAAAAGUGGCACAAAACUGAUUAAGGGGAUUGAGAAGAAAGGUGGCAAAAUUUGGGGAUAUUUAGAAAAAAGGUGAGCAAGGGGAGGGGUUUAAGAUUAUGCAUCAUGUGGAAAAGAAGUUUUUCCUAAUAAUACUUUUACAGGCACUAUCUGCAGGUUUAUAAAUACAACGCUGGUCAAACCAUCGCAAGAGGUGUUGAAAUUUUGGGAGCUUGGAUAGUUCCUAUGGAAUGGUCUUGGUGGUGGGGUGGACAUGUUUAUUCUUAUUUAUUUAUGAUUAUUACUUUGUCAAUAAAAAUACAAAAAUAUAAAAAUACAUAUAAUGCUAUUCUCAUAAGGGCUAGAAGCCUGGUAAUUUAUUUCAAUGUAGGGUUGCCAUAUUUCAAAAAGUAAAAACCAGGACACCCCGAAAGUUGUUGAGCUCCCCCCCCCAAAAAAGCCCCCACGAUUUUUUGAUUCACUUCUCUAAGAUCCAGAACAAAGCGCCACCUUUUGGAAAUUCCCUCUGGACGUCAACGACACCUUUGGAAUCCCAGUGAUGUCCAGGAAAACCGGACGUAUGGCAGCCCUGCUUCAAUGCUAGAAUUGUUUUGCAAAUGCCUCUUAUGAGCAAGCCCCCGAUGGAUGGCAACCCUUGCCAACUGAAAAACGUUCCAUGAACCAGGUCCCUCAAACAGAAAUCAUGGCUGGAAUUCCAGAAGCUGUCGAGUGUGAAGAAUGCUUGUGGGUUUUCUGAACCAUAGAGGGCAUUUCAGGACGGCGGCUCCACUGCCUGAGGACGGUGUUUGUAGGUGCAGGCAAGGUGAACGCAGGCCGUGAAGACUGCCUUCUGCUGUAGAACGGAGGAAGAUUGUCCUGGUCUAUAAUUUUGUGGCAGGUGGUGGGAGGGAGUGCGCUGGGUUGGGGUCAAAAGCAGCCCAUGUAAAACUCAGCUUUACCAGGUUUGGCUCAAGCCAGCUGUUGGAAGGGAAAGGAUUUGGAAAGAUCGCAUUCCAUGUGCUUUUCUUGGGAAGCAAAUAUAGGAGUAGACUCUCUUCUGGUGAAUAAUGAUAUUUACUGUUUACAGAGCCACUGGAAACCUAAGUGCUGCACACAAAAUAAAAUCUUGCAGACUGCUUUCAGCUUGACGUUCUUUUUAAGUAGUUACGGAGGAAGAUUUUGUAGGAACGAGGAAAGGAAAUGAAAGAAGGGUACAGUCAUACCUCAGGUUACAGGCGCUUCAGGUUGCGUUUUUUUGGGUUACAGAACUGCUGGAACCUGGAAAUACUGGAACGGGUUACUUCCGAGUUUCGGCAGUUACGCAUGCGCAAAAGCGCCGAAUCGCAACCCACGCAUGCGCAGACACGGCGCUGUGGGUUGCGAACGUGCCUCCCGCACGAAUCACGUUCACAACCUGAGCAUCCACUGUAUUUGUAAUUUUGGGCCCCACCAGACCUACUGUUUUAUUACAUACUCAUGCUGAUUUGUGCUGUUGAUGCUGUCCGGGCAGUCAAAUGCAAGGCCGCUUUCAACACUUCAUAUAAAUUGUUGUUGUUGUUUUUAUACAUCUUUAGGGACCAGUUGAAAACGUUCCUCUUCAACCAGCUCUUUGACUGAUUAACAUUCUAUGCCCUUUUAAAUGUGGGUUUUUUUUUGGGGGGGGGGUAUUGUUUUUGCUCUUUUUUUAUUACGUAUUUUUAAUUUGCAUUUUUAUGCUGUGUUCUGCUCUGAGAUCUUCGGCUGAAGGGUGGUAUAUAGAUUUAAUAAAUAAUAACAGUAAUUUUGCAGACUGCUUUGAGGUUUUUCUACAGUCAAGCGGUGUAUAGAUUUUAUGCAAUAUAUAUAUAUUGCUGCUGCACCGUGAGUGUUGGGGAAGGCCGCUCCCUCUUCAGGCUGAUUCCACCUGGCCUAGGGGGCGGGGCCCAGACUCACCUUCGCCACAGCUUUAAGAAGCCUCACUGAGGCAUUGGGACAUCGCUGCUGCUGCACCGUGAGUGUUGGGGAAGGCCGCUCCCUCUUCAGGCUGAUUCCACCUGGCCUAGGGGCGGGGCCCAGACUCACCUCCGCUACAGUUUUAAGGACACUGAGUGCUGCUGCAGCAAAUGUUAAAAAUGUUUUUAUAUAUUUUAAAGUAUUUUAAAGGUGUUUUUACUUUUUACUUUAUUGUACCACCGUGAACAGUGGUUUUUAUCUAUGUAUUUUUAUUUUGUUCUGUUUUAUUGUGGUUUGGGGUGGGGAUUGGUUUUGUUUAGGUAGAAUUGUUUUCAGUUUGGUUUGGUUUUCUAUUUUGUAAAUGGAGGCUUGUAUGAGGCUUGGGAUUGCUACCGUGGAGGGGCGAGGGAGGUAUGGUGGUGGGGGCAGAUGUUAUAGGCGAAGGGGAUCGAGAUACGGAUAUGCUCGUCCCCCUUCCAAUCUGCGCCCCAUCCCGAGGGACGAGGGUAGGGUGAGCAAGGAUUACUCACCUCCGUCACUGGUGUUGUGCAAUGCCAGGUCUAUAGGCAACAAAACCGCCACUCUGCGAGAUUUCUUUACCUCGCAGGGGGUUGACCUGGCUUGUGUGACGGAGACCUGGGUACGCGAAGGGGCAACAGUUACCUUACGAGAGAUGGCGCCCCCGGGUUUCUCCGUCCUCCACCAGUCACGGACUGUGGGCCGGGGGGGAGGGGUGGCAUUAUUAAUCCGGGAAGAUUGUCCUUUCAGGGCUCUACCAUCGCCAUCGAUCCCCGGCAUUGAAUGUGUUGGCCUAGUGUGGGGCUCUGAGGUGAGCUUGGCUGUCUGGCUGGUGUACCGGCCACCUAGCGCACCAGCAGCCACCCUGUCAGGCCUACUGGAGGCGGUGGCCGGCUGGGCCUUGGAGUUCCCUAACCUAUUGGUAUUGGGGGACUUCAACAUCCAUGCUGAUGCCACUCCCUCCUCACAGGCUCUGGACCUGGUGUCUUCCAUGGCAACACUAGGGCUCUCCCAGUUUGUUUCAGGCCCCACACAUCAAGCAGGCCACACGCUGGAUUUGAUCUUUGGCGUAGGUAUAGAUGUGAUCAUGUCUCCUUCAAUUAAGGUGCCAUGGUCUGAUCACUACGCUCUGAAAGCCAGGAUUGACUUUCCACCCCCACCCUGCUUAGGUGGCGAGCCGAUUUGGGCUCGCCCGCAGAGGCUGAUGGACCCUGAUAGAUUCCGUCAAGCCUUGCGGGACCUUGCUCCCCUGGCGACUCAUUGACUGAGCUUGUUGAGGGCUGGAAUACCCAGCUCCUGGCAGCCAUAGAUGAGAUCGCACCUAAGCGCCCUCUGCGACUCCGCAGAAACCGGGCUCCCUGGUUUACCGAGGAGCUUCGGAAAAUGAAGCGGGACCUCAGACGGCUAGAGCGAGUAUGGCGGGGUGCCCGUGACGGAGCCUCAAGAACAUCUUAUAGGGUUUUUAUGAAAACCUAUGAGAUGGCGGUGAAGGCCGCUAAGAAGUCUUACUUCUCGGCCUCCAUUGCAUCCGCUAGCUCUCGCCCGGCGCAAUUAUUUAGUAUAAUUAGGUCUUUAACGUCCCUUGAAGGACAGCCAAAUUUAAAUAACAAUCUGACACACAGCUGUGAGGCAUUUGCGAGCUUUUUGCGGAGAAGGUCCUGUUGCUCCGCCAUGACCUCCCUGCCAAUUUGGAUACAAUAAAGGAACUGGAGGCCCCUCGACUGUCCUCGGGUCCAGUAUUGGACCACUUUGAUCGGAUAUCCCCAGCCGAUGUGGACAGACUCCUCCGAGCUGGAAAGCCCACCACCUGUCCUCUUGACCCGUGCCCGUCUUGGCUGAUUAGAGCGUGUCCAGACGAGGUGCGGGCCCCCCUGGGGGAUAUCAUCAAUUUGUCCCUUGGCACCGGGAUAUUUCCAGGGGAAUUGAAGGAGGCAGUGGUGCGCCCGCUCUUAAAGAAAACAUCAUUAGAUCCCUUAGAUCUAUCCAAUUACCGCCCGGUUUCGAAUCUUCCAUUCCUGGGUAAGGUGAUUGAGAGAGCGGUUGCUGAACAGCUUGGUAGGUUUCUGGAUGAAACAUCGGCUCUGGAUCCAUUCCAGUCUGGCUUCCGCGCUGGUCAUGGGACCGAGACGGCUCUGGUCGCCCUAACAGAUGAUCUCCGCAGGCAGCUGGAUCGAGGCGGGUCGGGGCUGCUGAUUCUUCUAGACCUGUCAGCAGCCUUCGACAUGGUUGAUCACGAACUCCUGGACCACCGCCUUGCCGACGUGGGGAUCCAGGGCACAGUCCUUCAAUGGCUGCGCUCGUUUCUCUCCGGUCGGGGACAGAGGGUGGCGCUUGGGGGAAUUGUCAUCCCGCCACUCCUUGGUGUGUGGAGUGCCUCAGGGUGCGAUACUCUCCCGAUGCUUUUAACAUCUUUAUGCGCCCUCGCCCAGCUUGUCCGGGAGUUUUGGGCUGGGUUGCCAUCAGUAUGCCGAUGACACCCAACUCUAUCUGUUGAUGGAUGGCCAUCCUGACUCGGCCCCAGACACACUGACCAGAUGUUUGGAAGCUGUGGCUGGAUGGUUACGCGGAAGCCGGUUGAAGUUAAAUCCUUCGAAGACAGAGGUCCUCUGGCUGGGACGGGACGAUAUGGGAUUGGGGGCAACUCCCAUCUCUUGCGGGGUGCAAUUAGUGCCAGCACCGUCCGUUAAGAGUUUGGGUGUAAUCUUCGAUACCUCCCUCUCUAUGGAGGCGCAGAUUACAGCUAUAACAAAGGCGGCAUUUUUUCAUCUCCGCCAAGCUAAGCAGUUGGCCCCUUAUCUCUCUCGCCCUGACCUAGCCACUGUGAUCCACGCGACGGUCACCUCCAGACUGGAUUAUUGUAACUCGCUCUACGUGGGGCUGCCCUUGAGACUGACCCAGAAACUCCAGCGGGUGCAGAAUGCCGCGGCGAGACUCCUUAUGGGGUCUUCGCUGCGAGAUCACAUUCAUCCGGUACUAUACCAGCUGCACUGGCUCCCGGUGGAGUACAGGAUCAGGUUUAAGGUGCUGGUUUUAACCUUUAAAGCCCUAUACGGCCUAGGACCCUCGUACCUACGGGACCGCCUCUCCUGGUAUGCCCCACAGAGGAACCUACGGUCUGCAAAUAAAAACAUCCUGAAGGUCCCAGGCCUCAGAGAGGUUAGGCUGGCCUCAACUAGAGCCAGGGCUUUCUGCUGCGGCUCCAAUCUGGUGGAACGCUCUGUCACAAGAGACUAGGGCCCUGCGGGACCUGACAUCUUUCCGCAAGGCCUGCAAGACAGAGUUGUUCCACCAGGCCUUUGGUCAGGGCCCAGCCUGACUCCCACCUCUGGCAACCUGCACAGAACUUUGCUUAACGGUUGCCAUUAAUUUGAUUUUAAUUAAUUUUUAUAAUGAAAUGUUUUAGAAUGUUGGAUUAUUUGAUUGUUUGAUUAUUUGUUUGUUGUUAGCCGCCCUGAGCCUGGCUUUGGCUGGGGAGGGCGGGAUAUAAAUAAAAUUUAUUAUUAUUAUUAUUAUAUAGAGUGUUUUUGCUGCUGCAGUUCUUAUCUGAGCUUUGCUUGGGAAAAACUUUCCAGCAUCUCUAGUCUACGCAACCAGGGAGCCUCCAGUUGGCAUGGGUUUCCCAAGUCCUGAAUGUGCAGACAAAACACAUGUGCAUAUUGCUUUCACUUGGGCUUUUGUUUUAUUUAUUUAAAUAAACCUGCAGUUUCAUGAAAAUACGCCAAGGCACUGUACAACACAAAGAUGCAAAACUACAAUAAAGCUAAUAAAAAUGGAAAUGAAACUGGUUGGUAGAAACUUCACAACCCAAAGACCUAUUGCAGAUAUUAAUAUUGCACAGCUAGAAGCAACUGGAUGCGUAAAAGCUGAUUCCUUUUGGAAUAAAAUUUUUCCAGACCCAUAAAUUUGAUUCAAAGUUUUGCUAACCAGAACUACUUCAAAACAGAUACAAAAACAAUCAAUGAUACAUUCAAAUAAUUGUAUAAAGCAUAUGCAUAUUCAAGCAUAGGUUCUUCUUUUUAAAUAUAUAGCGUAAUUACCAUCACGGCAAAACUCAGUCUCUCCCUUAGCUUGCAUUAUCCUGCAUCCAGCCUAAGGCCUUGCACUCCUGGAGAGGCAGCAUUAUCACAUCUUUCUCUGACCUCCUAGGAACAAAAAAACCAAGGCAACUCACUUUCAAAAUGGAGAUUUUCAGUUGAAUACCUUAAUCACAUGAUUAAGGUUAAACACUCAUAUGAAGGCUAGCAGAGAACACCAACAGUUAUCAACUUUGGCUGGGUCGUGACAUCAGAUUUCUGUUGUGGCAGGGGUAUGUGUGAUUAUAGCAUCAUGGAAUUGUAGUGUUGGAAGGGAGCCUGAGGGAGCCUGCCGGAAUCUUUUGCCCAACGACCCUGAGAUUAAAAGUCUCAGGCUCUGCUGACUGAGAAGCCACUCAGAUCGGCCUCUCUGAUGUUGGAGAGGGAUAACUGAUAUAUGUUUUAGCAAUCAAUCUCUCUUCCCAGGGAACUCUGGGAAUUGUGGCUCUGUGAUGGGAAUCAUGGGAUCCGACUCCUAGGGACUUGCAAGGGGGCUGGGCUUUCCCCAAGUUGAUGGACAUUGCCAUUCAAAUAGUGUGUGUGCACCCCGCCAUGUGAUGUGGGGCGGAGCUUUCCUGCCGCCCCCAAUAAAAUCUCAGCACCCUUAAAAAACUACACCUCCCAGGAUUCUUCUUGGGAAGCCAUGGCUGUUUAAAGUGGUGGUGGUGGUUGUUUAGUCGUGUCCGACUCUUCGUGACCCCAUGGACCAGAGCACGCCAGGCACUCCUGUCUUCCACUGCCUCCCGCAGUUUGGUCAAACUCAUGCUGGUAGCUUCGAGAAUACUGUCCAACCAUCUCGUCCUCUGUUGUCCCCUUCUCCUUGUGCCCUCCAUCUUUCCCAACACCAGGGUCUUUUCCAGGGAGUCUUCUCUUCUCAUGAGGUGGCCAAAGUAUUGGAGCCUCAGCUUCACGAUCUGUCCUUCCAGUGAGCACUCAGGACUGAUUUCCUUCAGAAUGGAUAGGUUUGAUCUUCCUGCAGUCCAUGGGACUCUCAAGAGCCUCCUCCAGUACCAUAAUUCAAAAGCAUCAAUUCUUCGGCAACCAGCCUUCUUUAUGAUCCAGCUCUCACCUCCAUACAUCACUACUGGGAAAACCAUUGCUUUAACGAUACGUACCUUUGUCGGCAAGGUGAUGUCUCUGCUUUUUAAGAUGCUGUCUAGGUUUGUCAUCACUUUUCUUCCAAGAAGUGGUAUGAUACUGCUUUAAAUAUGUAGUGCAGAUGGGGCCUACGUGCAAAUGUGCAAACGUGUGCGCACACAGACAGUGAACCGUGAACAUGAGGCCUGGAAAUGGAGUGAAGGCCCAGAGAGUUGUCAGGAAUAACUUGUCCUCACACUUUGCUCUGAGAGCACUGCGGUGUUUUGCUGAGUGCACAGUCUUCCUUUGUUUAAACAAAAACAAUAUUUGAAAAAGCACUACGGGCUGUUUUUCUGGUAUCGGAUAUCUUGUGAUAUUUGUUUAAUGCUCUGAGACUUUGCCUGUGAAUAAGAUUGUCAAGGGUAGUUCUGUUCUCCUAGUGACCUUGAUAACGUUACGCCAUUGCCUACACUAUUUUAAUCUAGGUUCCGGGGUUUUGAGAGGCUCUGUGAGACGUAUCUAAUAGAUUCCACUUCUCUGCCCCCUUUCCCGUGGUCAUGGCUUCAUAAACACAUGCAGAGAGAGGUAAAUUUGGCUCUGAUGUGUUUAGAGGUGCUUUUGAAGCUGAGGGCUUGCGUCAAGCCUGGAAAACUUACUAGAUUGCAGCAGGGCAAAGAAGGUGUUGGCAACUGGCAGAUGGAUUCAAUAAAGCAAAAGGAGCAACGUGUAAAAAGAAAAGAAAAACCCCUCCAAAAUCCACAGCUGGGCAGUGGAGAACUACUCAGAAUGUCACAUAAGUGUGGCAAGUUUUCAUAAACUCAUCGGGGAAAAUGAAGAGUUUAAGGCUUGGGACAGAUCUGGAUUACAAGAAGGAUUUGAUUUGAUUUGAUUUGAUUAUUUUAUUUUAUUUUAUUUUAUCUUAUUUUGAGAUGGGGAGCAGCCACUGAAUAAUAGAAUCAUAGAACUGUAUACAGUGGUACCUCUGGAUGCAAACGCGAUCCGUUCUGGAGCCCCGUUCGUAUCCUGAAGUGAACGUAAGACGUGACUGUGCGUCUGUGCAUGCGCGGGUCGUGUUUUGCAGCUUCCAUGCAUGCACGUGAUGUCAUUUUGAGCGUCUGUGCAAGCGGCGAAACCCGAAAGUAAUGCACUUCCGGGUCACCGCGGAGCGCAACCCGAAAAUAUUUAAGCAGAAGUGUAUUCAUCCUGAAGUAUGACUGUAGUUGGAAGGGAACCCGAGGAUAUCGUCCAACCCCCUGCAACGCAGGACUCUCAACUAAAGCAUCCAUGACAGAUAGCCACCCAACCUCUAUUUAAAAACCUCCAGUGAAGGCAAUUCUGUCAUCUUCCGUCGUAGCCUAUUCCACAGUCAAAUGCUGUUCUUCUUCCUAAUGUUUCGUUGGGAUCUCCUUCCUUGUAAUUUGUAACAGAGGUUGGCCUCUAUAAGGAGCAUGAGCUUUCAGUUCCAUCCCCAGAGCUUUGGAAAAGCCUUCCAUGGGGAGAUGUGUGACCCCUUUCUCAUUAUCCUUGGAAGGGAGAGUCAAAAUCUAUUGUUCUUCUGCGGUUCAGUCUUCUGAGCUGCUCUGAGGUUCUGCUUGGCUUACGGCUAUUUCUUUAAACCGCCCUAUAAUUGUGAGCAUUUGAUUUCCUUGCGAUGUCUUCCUCCUGUUGCCUUUGCACAUCAGUCUGAGAACAUUUACUGGUAAAGCAAUCUGUCAGUGUUCUAAAUAAACUCAGUAAAUAAACUGCAGUAAGAGCUGGGUAGGCCUUGAGCAAGUGGAACAAGUCAGGAAGGAACGUUUAGUGCAGUGAUGAAUGUCAAGAAAAGUGUUAGGAGGAGGGGAACAGCCUUUGGAAACCGCCAAAAUAGUUUUUUCAGCACAGUUGACCUUGAUAUGAAGCCUCCGUCAACACUAGUGAUUGCCAGAACUAAUUGAGUCCCAGAGAGGGCAUCAUAACAAAGACCAGUCAGACGUGUUUCCACCAGGGUUAACGCAGCAGCAGCAAAAGGACAUUGCCGCUCAGAUUUCAAGUGCAGAAAUGUCAUAUUCCAAAUGUCACCGUAGAAUCCUGACAUUGUAGAGUUGGAAGAGGUCCCGAGGGUCAUCUAGUCCAACCCCCUGCAAUGAAGGAAUCGCAGCUAAAGAAUCCAAGACAGGUCGCCAUCUGUCAGGGACUGUGCUAAGGAGGAAUGGUGGGAGCCUCCUCCUGAAUCUUCCCAGGAGCAGGAGUACAGUAUAGAUUUAGAACAGUGGUUUACAGAGGGACAUGGUUCAGAAGGCAGAAGCUGGGAAAUACUGACUGGGGAACAGUUAGGAGAAAAAAAACUGGGAGAGGGAGAGAGUUAACAGAUUCACUGUCUCUGGAAAGCAUUCUUCUGCUCAGCCCAAGGUCAAGAAGAGCAGAUAAGGUGGCAGCAAAGAAAGCACAGUGGUUAUGAGAUCAGGUUGCAAGACGCAGUAGAGACAUGGGCGACUAGGGAGGAAAUGGGUGGAACCCUUAAUUGGGAGCACCUUCAUUCCUAGGAAAUGGAUUCUUUGUUCUCUCAAUGUGAUCAUGAAAGUUCUAACUGGUAAGAAGACUCCUUUUUCUUUGUUCUGCUUAUCUACUGCCAAAGGGAGGAGGAAGCCCAUUCCCUGAAGCCUGACACCAUCUCACCUCUGUUUAAAACUCCCCAGUGGGUUAAAAACCCACCACCUUCUGAAGCAGUCCAGUCCACCAUCAAACAGCCCCUACCAUCAGAAAGUUAUUCCUAAUGUUUAGUCAGAAUCACCUUUCUUGUGAUCCAUUGAUUUGGGCCCUAUCCUCUGGCUCAGCAGACAACAAGCUUGCUCCCUCUUCCAUGUGAUAGCCCUUUAGAUAUCUGAAGGUGGCUAUCACACAUCUGUCUUCUCCAGGCAAAACCCUAUUCCCUCAACUGUUCUUCAUAAGGCUUGGUUUCCAGAUCUUUGAUCCCCUAGGUUGCCCUCCUCUGCACGUGUUCCAGCUUGUCAAUAUCCUUAAAUUGUGAUGCCCCAAACUGGGCACAGUAUUCAAGGUGUUGUCUGACCAAGGCAGAAUAGAGUGGCAUUAUUACUUCCCUUCAUAUGGACACUAUACUUCUGUUGAUGCAGCCUAGAAUAGCAUUGGCUUUUGUUUGCUGUUGCAUCACACUGUUGACUCAUGUUAAGUUUGUGGUCUACUAAGACUCCUAGAUCCUUUUCAUAUGUCCUGCUGUCAAGCCAGGUGUCCCCAUCUUAUAUUUGCACAUCUGAUUAUUCCUGACUAAGCAAAGAAGCUUACAUUUCUCCAUUUCCAGCUCUUGACCUGUUUUCUGUUUCCCUUCCAGGCUUCGACUCCACGAUGGCAAGCUUAUUAAGGACAGGCGCUACCACCUCCGCACCUACCCCAAUUGCUUUGUGGCCAAGGAGCUCACCGAUUGGUUGAUUGACCACAAAGAAGCACCAGACCGAGAAACAGGCAUUCGGCUGAUGCAGAAGCUCAUGGACCAUUAUAUUAUCCAUCACGGUUUGUGCACUUCUCAGUUCUGAUUCCACUUGAGGACUCUUCUCAAGUGCAUGUGCGUACUCUCCUGUGGCUGUUCAAUUUGGUCCUUGAAACAGCUGCACCUGAGGAUCAGAGAUCUUGUGGAAAUGAAUUACUGUAUUUUUCGCUCUAUAAGACGCACCUUUUCCCUCCUAAAAAGUAAAGGGAAAUGUGUGUGCGUCUUAUGGAGCGAAUGCAGGCUGCACAGUUAUCCCAGAAGCCAGAACAGCGAGAGGGAUCCCUGCGCAGUGAUCCCUCUCGCUGUUCUGGCUUCUGGCUUAGCUCCUCUGUCCCUUCCCCCACCUCCUGGAAAAGCCCGCAAGAGCUGUGCUCCCUUUCACGAGCUGCGUGGAGUGUGUGUGCGGCUCUUGGGGGCUUUUCCCUGAGGAGGGAGGAGGGCAGCCCGUCAGUGAAAGGGAGCGCUGAGCAGAGCCUGGGAUGCAUACAGUCUCUGCUCAGCGCUCCCUUUAAAUAAUAUUUUUUUUCUUGCAUUCUCCCUCUAAAAACUAGGUGCGUCUUAUGGUCAGGUACGUCUUAUGGAGAGGAAAAUACGGUAAUAUUCCUGGCCCAAGUUAACUCUUUAAACAAACUCUAAGUCCAUUUGGGAACCUGCCACUGAAAGGCUCUCUAGAACCAAUAAUCUGUGAUCCAAAAGCCUCUUUGGUCCAAACAGUUAGAAAGCCACUGUUUAAGUGGAAGAACGGUGGCUUUCUAAUUGUUUGGACCAAAGAGGUUUGGCAUUUGGAUCACAGAUUGUUGCUUCAAGAGAGCCUUUCCUUCGUUGAUUCUGCUUUGCUGGCUUCCAGGAUGGUGGGUCUUUGAGCACACACAUUUUGGAGGAGGAUUCAAGAACAUCUCAGCAAUUAUCUUACUCCAAUAAGAUGAUGGUGGCCUCCACAGCUCUCCCACUUCCUCUCAUGGGGAAGUAUCUAGCUCACUUCAUACUUGAAGCAGACCCAUUGAAAGUGGUGGAGUCAAGUUAGUCAUCGUGACUGAUUUCAGUGGAUCUACUUGGACUGUGAGCUAGAUAUGCCCAUCAUCACAAUGACUCUGUGUAGAAUGGUUGGUUGAGUGCUAGUACACACUUAUCCAUGGUAACUCAGCAAACUCCACAAGUAGGGAUUUGAGACUAGGUCUCCCCUACUGGCCCUAAGUACAACAAUCUCCUCCUCCUCCUCUUCUUCUCCUUCUCCUUCUCUCGUAGCCAAGUAAGAUUGUCUUCCAUAAACACGGUCUUAACAGUGAGUCUGUAAGUGACGGUGGAGGCCAAUUCUGGAUCCACACGUCCUUCCACAGUGGGGACAUAGGUUUCUGGGCGGGAGGUGAUCACAGUGAGGGUUUGCUAAGCAUGCCUUCCUCUUAGCACGUUUCUCCCUUUCAUCCUGAGUUCGAGUAUCUUCAAAACCCAUGACACAUUUGGUAAAGGCAGUUCUCCAAUUGGAGCUCUCACAAGCCAGUGUUUCCCAGUUGUCAGUGUUUAUACUACAACAGCAAUCUAAGCACGCUGCCACAUGGAUUCUCCUAACAGAUGCAUUGUCACAAAGCAUAGCACAUUAACUAGUGACUAGUCCCUGAUAAGCAAAGUGCAGUAGAUGGUUACAGGGGAAUGCUGGGGCAUGCAUUAGCUUGGGUUCCAGAGUAUUCAUAGCUUUAAAUUCAAGGGCUGCUAUGUACAAUACAGGACACGGGUGGCACUGUGGAUUAAACCACAGAGCCUAGGACUUGCCGAUCAGAAGGUCAGCGGUUCGAAUCCCCGCGACGGGGUGUGCUCCUAUUGCUUGGUCCCUGCUCCUGCCAACCUAGCAGUUAAAAAGCACAUCAAAGUGCAAGUAGAUAAAUAGGUACUGCACUGGUGGGAAAGUAAACUUCUGGUUCAUCAGAAGCGGCUUAGUCAUGCUGGCCACAUGACCUGGAAGCUGUACGCUGGCUCCCUCGGCCCAUAAAGCAAGAUGAGCACCGCAACCCCAGAGUCAGUCAUGACUGGACCUAAUGGUCAGGGGUCCCUUUACCUUUAUGUACAAUACAAUUUCCAGCAGAAAGAGUAAUCUAACCUUCAGCUCCUAAGGGCUCUGUCUUAAUUGCUUUGCUCAUUUUUGCUAUGUAGCACUAUAAAAGAGAGAGAGACAGAUGCAGCAGCAGUAUAAGCUGAUGAUCUCCUUCUGCAUACUGUAGCAAGCUGGCAGGAAUGCCAGCUUGGUCCCACAACCAUGGGUGCCACGCAGCAUGCAUGGCCCUGGCCCUAGGUGCCAACUCCCUGGGGCCCCGGGUGCCCGAGCACCCACAAAUUUCCCCACGAAGGGGCCAGGCACCCACAAAUUUCUGUGCCAGGGCCAUACACACUGCAGGGCGCCCCUGGCACUCACAGUCGUGAAGCCAAGUUGGCACCAAAAUUUGUGGAUGCCUGGCUCCUCCCUAGGAAAAUUUGUGGAUGCAUGGGCACGGGGGCCCCAGGGAGUUGGCACCUAUGCAAACUGGUGUCUUCUAGCAGUUAAGGGAGUGAGCGAUGCACCAAGGAUGGAAGGCGGGGCAUGAAUACACGAAGGCUUUUUCAUUUUCAUGGUAGAACUUUGCCCAAGAGCGGCUUGACAUUCUUGACAGAAGGGGUGUGGCUUGGGUUCUCCGGCAAAGUCCACCCUGAUGAAGCCUGCCAUUGAGAAGAGGGUGGUGGUCACGUGAGGCAUUGUGGGGACUCUGCUGCUGGAUGAAUGUUCCCCUUUCAGGUUUAUCUGGCAAAGCCCCCUCUGGGCAUCAUUCCUCUGGCACGGCUACACAAGGCUCGAGUCUGUGUCUGUCUCGCUUGCAGCAUGGAGUUGUCAGCAGUCAAAAUAUACUGAGGCUGCCGAUGUGAUUUUUGCAGAAAGUCUGAGACGGGCCUUGGUACAAGCUUUGACUUGCACAGGGGACCUUGGAUGGGGAGGUGGGGGGGGCAGGGAAAGGAGAACUUCAUGCCAAACUGGGAUGCUGGGUUGGGAAAUUUCCAUGUUUACGUGGCAUGUGUGUGUCCACCUGAAAAUCCAUCCUGCAAAGAUUGAGGGCAACAUUGAUGGACCCUCAAAAAAACACACAAAUAAAUUGAGCAUGGGGGGGAAACGUGCUUCAGCAUAAAAAAGGUAAAGGGACCCCUCACCAUUAGUUCCUGCCAGAGUGGUAUCUAUUUAUCUACUUGCACUUUGACGUGCUUUCGAACUGCUAGGUUGGCAGCAGCAGGGACUGAGCAAUGGGAGCUCACCCCGUCAUGGGGAUUCGAACUACCGACCUUCUGAUCAGCAAGUCCUAGGCUCUGUGGUUUAACCCACAGCGCCACCUGCGUCCCUGUGCUUCAGCAUACCCUCCAACAUUUCUCCAAUGAAAACAGGGACAUCCUAUUCCAUCACCAUCAUAAUUUUAUUAUUUAUACCCCACCCAUCGGACUGGGUUGCUGCAGCCACUCUGGGUGGCUUCCAACAUAAAUGAAAACAUAAUAAAACAUUAAAAAGCUUCCCUACACAGGGCUGCCUUCAGAUGCCUUCUAAAGGUUGCGUUGUUAUUUAUCUCCCUGGUUCAGGAGUCACAUAACUCCAUUCCUUCCAACAUUUCUCCAGUGUAAAUAGGGAUAUCUUAAGGAAAAGCAGAGCCUCAUUAUACCUAAAUCCGGCCCUGCCUAGGACUACCUCGCAGCUCCGACUUAGCAAAGGUCUUCUUAAUUUACUUGGUGGGGAGUUGAGGUGUUGCAAAGAGCUUUAAUUUGAUCAAACUAGCCAGGUUCUGCAAGCUAGUGAGCUGGGCCUGACUUAAAUGCGAAAGUAUUUAGUGGCAAGUAUGCUUGACACAGGCCUCACAUUUGAAAGCAUCUUUGCUUGCCUGUGGAUCAGAAUGUGUCUCGAAGCACCACACAUAUGAGCUGAUUGCUGGUGCUAGCUAGAGAUGUGCAAAAUCUUCCUUUCUGUGGAUUAUCUUGCAUGUUGGGCAACGGAUGCAGUUGCUUGAAUUCCAGCAGGGUCAAAGGGAACCUGGUCCACUUCCCUUUCACGAUUGCCCCCUUAGCUACUGUUUUUAUAGCGGCGCUACAAAGAGACCAUGGUGUGAUUCAAUCUGGGGGAGUGGGGUGGAGAGUUGGGGCGUGUGGGUUGGUGCUUAACUCCUGCACCCCAAAAUUCAAGGACUUGAACAGAGAGGCAGAUACGAUGUUUUCUGCAAUGCGGAUCCCAAUCGUAGCUGCGUAUCACUUGCCUAUUUAUUUAUAGAACAGGAUUCAUUGCCCAUCACAUUUCCAAUUCAAAAGCAUCAAAAUUGCUGCGAGCAUUAUGAUGCAGGUCUGAAUCUGAAUAAACAUGGUCUGCGCAAUUGGCUUAAUUGCACAUCUGGCCACUGUCUAUUUGGGAACCCAGUCAGCAACAGGAAAAUGUGUGGGUUUCAUAAUCAGAAUGGAAAAUCACAGAAAUCCGUGGGUUCUCUAACUGACGCUAGUUUGAAGAUGUUGUGCCCUCAUUUGGGUCAAUAGUAAGAUAAGAGCUUUGAUAUGGGAGAAUCUAUCAACCAAAGGAGUAACAUUUUGACUCUGCCUGAAUUAUUACAUAGCAAGGCAAACAUUCUGCUCAUUGCCAUCUGCUGCCUGGGGGAAAGACUUUCAUACCUUGAAUUAAAUUAAACUUUGCUGUGGUGCUAUAAUGCAGUUGCAAUUAGUUCUGGGUUAAUUAUUAACAUUCAAAUCUGAAUCCCCUCCCUGCAAGCUGCUAUUAAUUUUUCACAGCCUGCGGGCAGUUUCAAAAGAAUCCCAAGACUUUUAAUUAAAUAAAAGAACGUUGUCAAGAAACAGAACCUUUUGGCCUGCUUAUCGGUGACGUCAUCACACCAUGAUAAUCCCCUGCAAAAUGUGCAAUGGUAGGCUGUCGUUUUUUGCUGUGUUUGACUAUCCUUUGCUUAGCUCACAAGGGCUUUUCUUGAGUUGUGUCAUUUUGAUUGGCCAGGCAGAGUCAUUUUCUUUUGAGCCUGCCUGUAAGUAAGGGGCAGUAAUCACCUUAAUGGAAUGUGCUUGAUCUUAAUCAUUGUUUCCCGGUAGAAAUGUGGACCACACACCAUCUAUUCCCACUCCUUGCAAGAGAAUUAAUCUAAAUACUCAAUUUGAUUACAGGUGUAACAGCACACAAUUCUGUGUACACUAAAGUUUUGUGACAGGUGCAUUCAGUAAAACGAUCACUUUCAUAAUUACCGUAUUUUUUGCUCUAUAAGACUAACUUUUCCCUCCUAAAAAGUAAGGGGAAAUGUGUGUGCGUCUUAUGGAGCGAAUGCAGGCUGCGCAGCUAUCCCAGAAGCCAGAACAGCAAGAGGGAUCGCUGCUUUCACUGCAUAGCAAUCCCUCUUGCUGUUCUGGCUUCUGAGAUUCAGAAUAUUUUUUUCCCUUGUUUUCCUCCUCCAAAAACUAGGUGCGUCUUAUGGUCUGGUGCGUCUUAUAGAGCGAAAAAUACGGUAUUUGCAUUGUGGUCCAUAGUGUUUGAUAUUUUAUACCGUGGUGUGGAAAUACUUUUAUGAAGAAAUAGAACCAAACGUUAUCUAAAUUGCAUGGAACCUUAACUAUUUUAGGGCACAAAUUUAUGGCUCCUGAGAGGCAGUACAAUUGGGCCCUGCCUCGGCUUAAAGACCUCCAGCGAUGGAGAGCUCAUCACCUCCCACGGCUGUCUGUUCCAACAUCAAGCAGCUCUUGCCAUUCAAAACUUUAUCCUGUCAUUCCACCAAAAAAUCUCCUUUCCAGCAGUUUGCAUGCAGUGGUUCCAGUCCUGUCUUCUUCUCCUGGGUAAGCUUCCUCAGCUUUUUGAAACAUUUCUUUUUUCUUUUAAGGUUACCAAACCUUUAUUUAUUUCCUUUCCCCCCCAAUUUAUUAUAAAUUUUAUUAGUAUUGUUAAGUUGUGGGUGAACAUAUCAGACAACACAGUGAUUCUUCAAACAGCUCUUGUUUAUUCACAAGCCAGAACAGAACUGAACUAAAUGGGGUUCAGCCAGCCUGGUUAUAUAGAGCUCCACUACAACGCAACAGUAACCACUUUCCGUAACUAUCCAAUCACUGAACGUCACUUUCAAUCCCUGAUUUGCAUAUGUGGACCUGAGUGAAAACUAUCUACAGUAUCCACCUGCUGGCCCAGGGUGAGAACUUCAGUACAUAACAAGUAUUUUCCACACAACAACAACACGAAAAAUAUCGAAAAAUAACAAUACACAAAACACAAAAACCAACAUUCAAAAACACACACAAAAAAUCCAUAUCUUACAAGUUAAUAAUGUAAACACUAAAAAGAAAAACAAACAUUGACUACCACCAAUCCCACAGAACCUCCUUUAUCUCUCAUUGUGUCUUCCUGUUUUCCUUAUCAUCUCUAUCCUAGCAUCUAGAUAUAAAUCCCUCUUUCUUACCCUUUCACUUCACAAGGUUAUUCUUUCUGAAACAUUUCAUCUUCCAAUAUCUCAAGGGCUGUCACGUGGAAGAAGGAGAAAGCAUCUUUUCUCCUGCUCUGGAGGAUAGGACUCAAACUAAUAGAUUCAAGUUACAAGAAAGGAGAUUCCGGCUCAACAUCAGGAAGAGUUUUCUGACAGAGCGGUUUGACAAUGGAAUGGACUUCACUGGGACUCUCCUACAUUGGAGGUUUUAAAGCAGAGGUUGGGUGGCCAUUUGUCAUGGCUGCUUUAGCUGAUAUUCCUGCAUUUCAGGGGGCUGGACUAGAUGAAGUUUGGGGUACCUUCCAACUCCACAAUUCUAUGAUUCUAGGACUUGAUUUCUGAAACCCCUCACUAUUCUGGGCAGCAUCCUCUGGACACGCUGCAGUUGGUCCAUACCUGUAAAAUGUGGUUUCCCCAGAGGACCAAUGCCUUGACCACCUUGGCUGAUAGGACACUGGGCAUCUCUCUUUAUUGGGUCCAGUUCUGCGGGGCUCCCUUCCUCUAGGAGUUGGCUUUUGCAAUAUUCAAUAUGAUCUGGCCUUUCAACACGGGAAGUGGCGAUAUUUGGCUACAGAUAGUUGGUGGCAAACCUGAUUUUGCAAAGAAGCGAAGGGCAGAAAUGUUUCAUAGUAACCUUGAGGUUUUUUCCCCCAUCUGUGUUAUGCUAGCCUUCAUAGGCUUGGACAGAAAACGUAAAUUACAUGUCAGAGGUUGCUGAUCUUUGCCUUGAACUCCUUUCAGUGUGCGAUGAGCAUUUCGACUACAAGGACGCCAAGCUGCUAUAUCGCUUCCGCAAGGACGACGGGACCUUUCCUCUCAACAAAGACGUGAAGGUGUUCAUGAGGGGACAGAGCCUCUAUGAGACGUAUGUGGAGUCCCUUUGUCCAGGGUCACGGGGCAUAAGGCUUUUUGGCAGUACAGUGGUACCUCAGGUUACAUACGCUUCAGGUUACAGACUCUGAGAACCCAGAAAUAGUGCUUCAGGUUAAGAACUUUGCUUCAGGAUGAGAACAGAAAUUGUGCUCCAGCGGCGCAGCAGCAGCAGGAGGCCCCAUUAGCUAAAGUGGUUCUUCAGGUUAAGAACAGUUUCAAGUUAAGUACGGACCUCCGGAACGAAUUAAGUACUUAACCCGAGGUACCACUGUACAGUCUGUUAUCUUCCUUUGCUGUUCAUGCUCUCCAGGGUGCCCUCACUGUUUCUCUGCCUGCCACUUGUUCGGAGUUUUCAUAUUGUUACAAAAGUCAGGUCAUAGCUGUCAACAUUUCCCUUUUUUAAAGAGAAAUUCCCUUAUUCCGAAUAGGAUUCCUCGCAAGAAAAGGGAAAAGUUGGCAGCUAUGAGUCAGGUGCCUGCCCCUCUCUCUGCAAGUGGUGGCACCGUGGGAUCUCAGGCCCUCACACAGGGUCUGUGCUCCUUUGCAGAACUGAAAUUGCGGCAGAGACUGUUAUGGCUUUAAGAAAUAUGGUUUAUUUAAGCCAGAUGCGGCUUAGUCAUGCUGGCCACAUGACCCGGAAGCUGUACGUCAGCUCCCUCGGCCAAUAAAGCAAGAUGAGCGCCGCAACCCCAGAGUCAGUCAUGACUGGACCUAAUGGUCAGGGGUCCCUUUACCUUUACUUUACACCUUCAGUCUACAUGGAGGGAGCUCAGAUCUUACUGAGUAUAGUCCUUUCAAGAGGAUCUUGUAUUUUUAACCUUUUGUUGGAAGCCGCCCAGAGAUGGGUGGGGUAGAAAUAAUUUAUUAUUAUUAUUAUUAUUAUUAUUAUUAUUAUUAUUAUUCUCCAUAGCAGUGCAACCCUGGAGCCCAAGGCAUUUCUAUAGCCAGCCCUGCAGCCAGCCUCCCCUAAAGAUGGAUAUAAUAAUACAGUGGUGCUCCGCAAGACGAAUGCCUCGCAAGAUGAAAAACUCGCUAGACGAAAGGGUUUUGCGUUUUUUGAGUCGUUCCGCAAGACAAAUUUCCCUAUGGGAUUGCUUCGCAAGACAAAACGUCUUGCGAGUUCUUGCGAGUUUGUUUCCUUUUUCUUAAAGCCGCUAAGCCGUUAAUAGCCGCUAAGCCGCUAAGCCAUUAAUAGCCGCUAAGCCGCUAAUAGCCGCUAAGCCGCUAAUAGCCGUGCUUUGCAAGACGAAAAAACCGCAAGACGAAGAGACUCGCGGAACGGAUUAAUUUCGUCUUGCGAGGCACCACUGUAAUAAUAAUAAUAAUAAUAAUAAUAAUAAUAAUAAUUUUAUUUGUUUGUUUGUUUGUUUCCUGCCCAUCUGGCUUGGUUUCCCCAGCCAUCUCAACUCUUCUUCCUGCUUCUUCCUCCCAGAAACCCUUUCCCUCUCCCCUCAACCAUACACCCCAUCACGUUGGUAACAUCUCAAUCCCCAGGCCCAAAUAUUUCCUCCCGAUGGCCCAUCAAACCUUUUGCCACGUUAACAGGUUUGCUCUUCACUAUGCCAGGCAGGUUGGUUUGUGUAAGCCAGCCCAGGAAUUCCCUGCCUGGCACAUCUCUGCAGCUUGUACUUUAAUCCAUAUCCCAGUUAAUAAAAAUCCUAGUGUUUAUUCAUUUCUAGGGGUUUUUUUUUUGGGGGGGCGAGUGUCCCCCAGUCUAUACCAAUAUUUUAAUCAAUUAAUUCCAAUAUCUAUAGACUGCUUUCUGCACUGCAACAAGCUCCCCCCACCCCCGGUCUCUCAGAACCAGAAGAAGUAUGAAAAGUGCUGCUCAAUGACAGAGUCUCAGAUUGCUUGGGAAGGACCCAGGGGAGAAGGAGAUUUAGGCAUCUGUGAAUCUUCGUAGGGUUAAGUUCUACCAAGAAGAGUUGCUGUGUUUUCUAGGCCUAGCCUCCUGAGCUACCUUGUUUCUUUGAAUAAAGGCCCCCAACUUCCUGCCUGCUUAUUGGGCAUUCAUCCUGAUUCGCUUGCACAAAGCAAAGGUUAGACUCUGGCUGCCUUCAGACAGCACUUUAUUUUCACAAUGUUUCCUUACCUGAUAAUUUCCAAGUUUCGCGUGAUCAUUCAUGCAACAUAAGAGCAACUUCUGGAAAACUAGUGGAACCCGGAAGAAGCUUAGCACACUUUUCCAUGUCCUUUGCUUCUGGAGGAAAAGCCGUUUGCAAACUCCUUAGCCCAGAAAGUCGCAGAAGUUUUGCUCUAAUUUUGCACGGCAACAUUUCGGGUGCUUUCGGCGUGCAGUUCUCUCCCGCCAAUCAAAAAUGAGCACAGCAUGGCAGUAUAUCACAGUGCCUUAUUGCAGUGUAAAAGGAAUGUGAGAAUUUGAGGUAAUAGUGGCUAGCCUUAUAAUAAGGAAAACUAAUGCAAUAACCUCCGCAUCAGAAUGCUGAAUGUCCGUUUUUAUUUAGCAUUCCCUCUGAGUUGCCUGCAGGGAGAUUAUACUGCAAUGAGCAUUUCUCCUGAUUUGCUUGUGCAAAUACAUCAUUCCAUUCAUUAUUCCUCCAUCCCAUACCGUUCAGAGCUAUUCCCCGUCACAUUCAUAACCUCACAGAGCACAUAUUUAAAAAGGAAAAAUGGAUUUGUUGUGACAAGGUGGCAGGGUGCUUUAAUCCACUUUAAUUGCACAGACCUAAAUUCCCAGUCUGUGCUUGGAUGCUUCCCAUAAAACAGCCACAGUCUAGAGCUGAGCAGACGCUUUGUUUCGCUGCAGUUUGGGAGAAUAAUCAGCCGUUAGUUAUAUUCCAUAGGCUCAGCACGCCCUCUUGUGGUUAUGUGGGUAUUUAAGUUCUUCUGCACACAAAAAGGUUUAUUGCAGCUAAAAAAGGCUCAAACUGGUGGCGCUGGAGACUGAAUUUUCAAGCGCUUGUCGAGAAUCGGUGAUUACAGGCCCAUCAGAAUUUCUGCCACCUCCCUCUUCAGAGAUGGAGAGUGUUUGUCAACAGCUUGAUUUCAUAAAUCGUACGAGUAGAGAUUGAAUUUCACCUUUAAUCUUUUUGACGUAUGGAUUAUGCCCGACAGGAGAGUGCUUAUGGCUGAUUCCUGUGAUCAGAAUGAGACAGAAUGAGACAGAAGAGGAGACAGCCAGGAGAUCUGUUUCAAAUGUCUUCUUAUAUUAUGUUUCAAAUGCCUUCUUAUGUUAUGUCGGCUGCACUCUUACAGACAUAACGUAAGAACAUAAGAAGAGCCCAUUGGAGCCAACAGCCAAUCUAGUCCAGCAUCCAGUUCUCACAGUGGCCAAAAAAAUCCUUGUAGGAGACUCAGGAUGUGGGUGGCACUGUGGUCUAAACCACUGAGCCUCUUGGGCUUGCCAAUCAGAAGGUCAGCGGUUCGAAUCCCCACGAUGGGGUGAGCUCCGGUUGCUCUAUCCCAACUUCUGCCAACCUAGCAGUUCGAAAGCAUGCCAGUGCAAGUAGAUAAAUAGGUACUGCUGAGGCGGGAAGGUAAAUGCUGUUUCUGUGCACUCUGGUUUCCGUCACGGUGUCCCGUUGCGGCAGAAGCGGUUUAGUCCUCCUGGCCACAUGACCCGGAAAGCUGUCUGUGGACAAACACCGGCUCCCUUGGCCUGAAAGCGAGAUGAGCGCCACAACCCCAUAGACGCCUUUGACUGGACUUAACUGUCUGGGGGUCCUUUACCUUUUUUUUUUUAACCUAUAGGAAACCCACAAGCAGAAUUCAAGCAAGAGAGAGCUCUCGCCUCCUAUGGCUUCCAGCAACUGUAUUCAGAAGCAUUGCUCCCUGCAGCUAUGGAGGCAGAACAUAUCCACCAUGACUAGUAGCUAUCAGCCACUGUUUCUUCCAAGAACUUAGCAUCAUAGAAUUGUACAGUUGGAAGGGACCCUGAGGGUCAUCUAUCCCAACCCCUGCAAGGCAGGGACAUGCAGCUGCCAAAUACAGGGAUUGAACCUGCAACCUUGGUGUUACCAGCACCAUGCUGUAGCCAAUUGAGCUACCCACUGGUAUAAUCCUCUUUUAAAACCAUCUUGUAUGACUUAAUGCUGAGCAGCCUCGCCUCUGAGCAUGUGCAAAGUGGCUUCCAUUGCUGGGUAACUGUGACAAGCUCCUGUGCCUCUGGACUCUGCUUCCGCUUCUAGAUAAAGGUGACUCCCAGCACAUUUAUCUUUGAGAAAUGAAUGGCUUGGAUGUUUAACAACCCUAUGCAAUAUUGUUGUUUAGUCGUUUAGUCGUGUCCGACUCUUUGUGACCCCAUGGACCAGAGCACGCCAGGCACUCCUGUCUUCCACUGCCUCCCGCAGUUUGUUCAAACUCAUGCUUCGAGAACACUAUCCAACCAUCUUGUCCUCUGUCGUCCCCUUCUCCUUGUGCCCUCCAUCUUUCCCAACAUCAGGGUCUUUUCCAGGGAGUCUUUUCUUCUCAUUAGGUGGCCAAAGUAUUUGAGCCUCAGCUUCAGGAUCUGUCCUUCCAGUGAGCACUCAGGGCAGAUUUCCUUCGGAAUGGAGAGGUUUGGUCUUCUUGCAGUCCAUGGGACUCUCAAGAGUCUCCUCCAGCACCAUAAUUCAAAAGCAUCCAUUCUUCGGCAAUCAGCCUUCUUUAUGAUCCAGCUCUCACUUCCAUACAUCACUACUGGGAAAACCAUAGCUUUUACUAUAUGGACCUUUGUCGGCAAGGUGAUGUCUCUGCUUUUUAAGAUGCUGUCUAGGUUGGUCAUUGCUUUUCUCCCAAGAAGCAGGUGUCUUUUAAUUUCGUGACUGCUGUCACCAUCUGCAGUGAUCAUGGAGCCCAAGAAAGUAAAAUCUCUCACUGCCUCCAUUUCUUCCCCUUCUAUGUGCCAGGAGGUGAUGGGACCAGUGGCCAUGAUCUUAGCUUUUUUGAUGUUGUGCUUCAGACCUUAUUUUGCACUCUUCUUUCACCCUCAUUAAAAUACACAAUAUUAGCAAGCGUUAAAAUGGCAAUGGCUGCAUAUGCUGAUCUGCUCACCUUGUUUCUUUGCCAUGUGCUUCCUUGAUCCUAGGCUGAUCAGCGUAGAGGACUCGAUCCUCAAAGUCAGAGAGGAGAACUCAGUGAAGUACCAAAGGACUUUUCUGGCCUGUGAAAUGAUCGACUGGUUGGUCCAGGAAGGAGAGGCAGCAAACCGGAAAGAAGCCGCUGAGCUUUGCCAAGUCCUCCUUGAACAUGGGAUUAUCCAGCAUGGUAUGAAGAAGGAGAUUGCAGAAAAGGGAGGGCAAAGGAUAUGCCUAGGAUAGCCAGAAGUGCCAAAGAGCAGUGUGGUGUAAUGGCUAGAGCAUAUCGCCUAGAACAGUGGCUCUCAACUUGUGGGUCCCCAGAUGUUGUUGGACUACAACUCCCAUCAUCCCUGAGCUCUGGCCUUGCUAGCUAGGGGUGAUGGGAGUUGUAGUCCAACAACAUCUGGGGAACCACAGGUUGAGAAAGGCUGGCCUAGAAGCUAACACUCUCUAACUUGGCCAAAGCAACACACAUGGUGGGAUACACCCAGUGGAAGAUCUCCAGCCUCCUCUUAGAACAAGAGGAAUACAGGAAUCAGGAAUACAAAGCAGGAUUUGUGGCCAAAUUGAGCUUCUUCCCCUAUACAUUGAAGGUAUCAGUGGCAACGGGAGGCUGUGAGAGAUGGAAGGAAGGAAUAAGAAGUUGGGCGGAAAGACUGGAAAUGCAGCAGCUGUCAGAUGAGUAGGAGUUGGGAGGGGGAAGGGGAACUAUCCUGGCUCUUGGCUAGAAACUGGAAGACAGCAUGGCCAACAGGAACCAAAGACUAGAGAAGGGGCAGAGUGCAAAAGAGUGUAGCUAAGAAAAGGAAGAAAAGCAGUGUUAUCUUCCAUUCUUUGUUAAGUUCCAGACUUCUUAUCAGAAACAUUUUUUUCUAAGGGAGCUUUGCAAGCACAUAAAAGCACAAAGUUAGAAUUGAUUUUAAAAAUGUGCAAUUAGGAACUUCUUCUUCUUUGGCGAUCUCUCGUAGCCGAGUAAGAUUGUCUUCCAUGGACACAGUUUUAAAAGUGAGGAGCCAAUUCUGGAUCCACACAUCCUUCCACAGUGGGGACAUUGGUUUCUGGACGGGAGUUGAUCACAGUGUGGAUUUGCCAAGCGUGCCUUCCUCUUAGCACAUUUCUGCCUUUCGUCCUGAGUUUGAGCAUCUUCAAAACCCAUGACACCUUUAGUAAAGGCUGUCCUCCAAUUGGGGCGCUCGCAGGCCAUUGUUUCCCAAUUGUCGGUGUUUAUACUACAUUUUUAAAGAUUUGCCUUGAGAGAGUCUUUAAACUUCUUUUGUUGACCACCAGCAUUACACUUUCCAUUUUUAAAUUCGGAAUAGAGUAGUUGGUUUGGAAGAUGAUAAUCAGGCAUCUGAACAACCAGUCCAACGAAGUUGUUGUUGAAGAAUCAUUGCUUCAACAACUGGGAACUAAGAGCAAAUUAAAGCAGCAUGAAUGUGCUGGUCCCGAGGGUUAACCGUGCAGCAUGGUCCGAGUCCAGUCUGAGGUCGAGGGUGUGGUAUGGAGGCUGUCUGUCACAGCUGAAAUGGGGUCCAAGGCAGGGAGUCGGGUGGGGUCAGGAACUCUGGCGGAAGAGCGGGACAGGGUGCAGGCAGGAACAGGCUACCAACAAUGUCUUGGCUGACCACAAACUUGACAUGAGCCAACAGUGUGACGCGGCAGCUAAAAAAGCCAAUGCAAUUCUGGGCUGCAUCGAUAGGAGUAUAGCAUCUAGAUCAAGGGAAGUAAUAGUGCCACUGUAUUCUGCUCUGGUCAGACCUCACCUGGAGUACUGUGUCCAGUUCUGGGCACCACAGUUCCAGAAGGACAUUGACAAACUGGAACAUGUCCAGAGGAGGGCAACCAAAAUGGUCAAAGGCCUGGAAACGAUGCCUUAUGAGGAACGGCUAAGAGAGCUGGGCAUGUUUAGCCUGGAGAAGAGGAGGUUAAGGGGUGAUAUGAUAGCCAUGUUCAAAUAUAUAAAAGGAUGUCACAUAGAGGAGGGAGAAAGGUUGUUUUCUGCUGCUCCAGAGAAGCGGACACGGAGCAAUGGAUCCAAACUACAAGAAAGAAGAUUCCACCUAAACAUUAGGAAGAACUUCCUGACAGUAAGAGCUGUUUGACAGUGGAAUUUGCUGCCAAGGAGUGUGGUGGAGUCUCCUUCUUUGGAGGUCUUUAAGCAGAGGCUUGACAACCAUAUGUCAGGAGUGCUCUGAUGGUGUUUCCUGCUUGGCAGGGGGUUGGACUCGAUGGCCCUUGUGGUCUCUUCCAACUCUAUGAUUCUAUGAUUCUAUAAUGUUGCUCCCGCAAGUUGGGACUGGGGCUGGCUGGCUUUUAUCUGCCCCGAGGCAUAGGGCGACCCCGGUCCACAGGUGACUCGCCUCUCCUGGCCUGGAGGCGAGCACUCCUCCUGCGGGAACUUAGUUCCCUCCGCCUCUCUGCCCUGAGCCUCUGCAGCUCAGGAGAGGCUGGAGGGUUGCCCAGAGGCAACCUCCUCUUCCCCUGAUGGGGCUGAGAGUGGAGCACCUGCAGGCAAUGGGUCCUCCAUCCCCUCAGGAGCCAGAGCAGACUCAGCUGGUGCCUGCACCUGGGGAUCCAGCACAGGUGAGGACCCUUCAGGCUCAAGCCCCAGCCCCGGCUCAGCUGGUUCUGGAGGCGGGGACUCCUGUGCAGGCUGGGAUUCCUCAGGUUCAGCCUCCGAGUCCGAAUCCCAGGCCAUCACAAUCAAACAUGGUCUGGGGAAAUUAGGGGUCCUCUUGAUACCAAACAGAUGACAAAGUCAGCACCAAGCAAACCAUUGUGGGGAGAAAAUUCUAUUAUGAGGGUGCCACCACCUAGAAGCCCAUCUCUCUCUUACACAUACACACCUCACCUCAGAUGGUUGAGGCACCUGACAGAGAUGCUGUGAACAUAAACUUCUGGGCAUGCAGAUGUGGAGGCAGGCAUUCCAUCUGGAUACCCCAAACCCUGAAUGUAAACACAAGUACUUCAGAUUGUCCCCAGACAUGGACUAGGAACUAUUGCAGUCUGUGUGUGUGUGUGUGUGUGUGUGUGUGAGAGAGAGAGAGAGAGAGAGAGAGCUGAGAACAAUUGUCACCAAACCCCAGGUUGCUGAUGGAAGACUGCUGAAUCCUAUCUCUGCCACGUUCUUGGGGGUGGGAUGGGAAGAACCACAGGCCUCAAUCUGCUCCUCCCCACACACCCAUUCUUUCCUCAGUGGCCGGCCGGCACCACUUCUAUGACGGCAACCUCCUCUAUCAGUUCCGCAUCAAUUUCCGCCGGAGGAGACGUCUCGCGGAGCUGCUCAGCGAGAACUCCUCCAGGGCCCUUUCGGACAGUCCCGACAGCCCCUUCUGCCUCCGCAAGCUCAACCCUGAGCAGAACAGCUGCAGCUUCUUGUCUGGUUGGUAACUGUGGGUGAUGGUGGCAAUUGUGGGGAGCACUCUGGGUGCUGUUGUGGGGGCCUAGGCCGGCCUGCUGCUGGGUCUGGGAGGGUACGGUUUGUAGCAGCAGGGGCUGGUCUAUUAGCCCCAGCGGGGCACUGCUCCACCAGCCUCAGCCAGCUCUAAACUUCCCUUUGUCUCUUUCAGUUCAACCCAAUAAGGAAAUCAAAACAGUCUCAGCAGUUCGAAGGAGCAGCGUCACCUCACUGGCUGGGGGAUCCAACCCCUAUUUCAAUCUCUCCCCGAGUUUGGGGUUCCUGCCAGCUGUGGAAUGCAACCCCAAAUCUGGUGAGGAAUGCUAAUAAUAAUAAUAAUAAUAAUAAUAAUAAUAAUAAUAUGCUGCCCAUCUGACUGGGUUGCCCCAGCCACUCUGGUCAUCAUUAUGCCGCAGAGCCUAGAAUAUUGCUCAUAAUCCUAAGAAUUUAAGGGUUCAAUUCCAAACAAAUAUUUUUUGCAUUGGGGCUCUAAAAUGUGCUAGCUAGGUUUGCCAUGUAUUGAAGAACAAAAAAUAGGACAGCCCGAGCUGGGGAAAGCUGGGGGGGAAACACAACAACAACAACGGACCCCCCCCCAAAAAAACCAGGCAUUUACUUUAAAAUGUAAAAAUCUGCCUGGAUGGGCAUGUUGCCCCCCUAAAAGAGAAUGUGUCCAGGUUUUCCCGGGCAUAUGGCAACCCUAGCAAGCACCCACACACCCACAGAGCCAGUGUGGUGUAGUGGUUAAGAGCAGUGGACUCGUAAUCUGGUGAACCGGGUUCGCUUCCCCGCUCCUCCACAUGCAGCUGCUGGGUGACCUUGGGCUAGUUACACUUCUCUCAGCCCCACUCACCUCACAGGGUGUUUGUUGUGGGGGAGGAAGGGAAAGGAGAUUGUUGGCCAUUUUGAGACGUCUUAGGGUAGUGACAAAGUGGGAUAUCAAAUCCAAACCUUUCUUCUUCUAUCCCCUUUUCCAUUUUGGUUUUCUUCCUUAUCUGCUCCUCCACGUCACAAGAGAGUCCUAUCUAUCACACCAAGCCCACCACACUGACCAGCAAACGAACAGAAACAAGCCUGCAAGCACCACAGCUGCAGUGAAUCCCCUUCGUUCCACUUCCAAAGAGCUGUCCACACGAAGCAUUUUGCAUUGCAUUUGAUUUUUUCAAAGCAAAACAUUGGCGAGGCUGAUGUUGGUCCUUGCUGAGAUCUGUUUGUACUUCCUUGAAUUGUUUUGGACCUUGACUCAGUUGCGCAUUUCUGUGUGUGGGUUUUCCCCCCACUGAGAACCACCUGCACACAGAAGAAGAAGAAAAAUAAGCUCUGUCCUAUCUGGUUAACAUUCCUGGUUCACUUCCCCUUUCACUUUGCUAUGUUACUCUUUUUUUGAACAAUUGACCUUUAGGUAAGACCUGUCACUUUUCUUUUCCUCCCCUCCAUGCAAGUAUUAAAGAGGCCUGUCACCAAUGAGGAGCUUCUGACCCCUGGGGCACCGUACAUCAAGAAAACGCUGACGGUAAGCUUGUUAGCCGGUCAUCAGAAUGUUACAUUGGGAUUAUUGCUAAAUCCUCCUUGUUACAGUACAGAGCCCUUUAACUGGGCAAGCCUAAAGUUGCACGAUGUGUUAGCAUCUCUCCCACAAAAUAGUCCAAGUCCCAAGGUGAAGUACCCUUAAAUGAUGCAACACAGCAAUCCUGGUGUGUUCAAGUUGGAACCAUUGGGGCUGCUCUGGAGUAACUGGAGUGUGUGUGUUUGUGUGUGUAGAAAUCUUACACAUCUAAUUUGCCUCUGGGCUUUAAUUAUAACUUCCAUGAAUGAAUGAAUCUUUAUUUGCAUCAGCUGUCGACCAUAAUAAAACAACAAUAUGAUAUACAAAAAUUAAAAAAAUAAAAAGUCAAUUCCAUAAAAUACAUUUUAGGGUUUUGAAUCAAUAGUCAUAUAGUGGAUCUUACUCUAAUUGCCCCAGCUAAAAUCCCUGCAAGCUUUGCUGUCACCUGCUCAUCUGCCAAGAGAAAGGACACUGGCAGUGGCUGGGCGACCCAUAAUGGACAAUAAAAGAGGAGUGAUAACAUCAUUCCUCAAGUCUUUAUAAAGAGUGCAGGCCAGAAGGGCAUGUGCCACCGAUUCGGUACUGCCAUCUCCACAGGGACAUAAGCGUUUUUCGUGUGGAAUCUGUUGGAAUCAUCCCUCAAGUACAGCCAAGGGCAAUACAUUCAAUCUUGCAAGAGUAAAAGCACGUCUGUAUUUUGGAAUUGCUCGGUUAUGCAGAUAGAGUGCCAGAGAGUUGAAAUGGGUAGGUGGAAAAUAGUCAUACCAUGGGGAAAAUUUCCUUAUCGUGGCCAAGUUGUUCUUAUAACUUCCACUGUUUUAUUGUUUCCCCAUUUUUGUUAGGGUUGGCAUAUUUCAAAAAGUGAAAAUCUGGCCACAAUAGUGGUUGAGCUUUUGGGGGCAAAACAAAAAUGAAGAUUUUUGCCAAUUGUUUAGGAAAAUAGCCCCCCCCCCCGAAAAAACCCCCACAACACUUCUCAUUUGGGCUGCUAUAUGCCCGGAUUUCCCCAGACAUUUUAGCCACUUUUCAAAAAUUUUGCCUGGAUGCCAUUUUCGACAGACGAAUCCCGGCCACGUCCAGGAAUUUUCAGAUGUAUGGCGGUCCUACUUAAUGUGCAUUUCUGGGUUGGGUUUUGCCGUAUUUUCCUGCAGGUCAGAAGAAGGUGCUAUGAAGUAUAGCAGCUGAUCGCUCUUUUGAAAGCAAGGAGUCUGAUGUAGGAAGAGAAUGUGCAGUUUUGGGGAUAUGAUGUGGGGAGGGUGCAUCUGUCCACUGCAAAAAGAAGCGACUGUUUUGACUCCUUGCAGCUGCAUUCAUUGGAUUAAGCGGCAUCAGAGUUUCCUUGCGUCACUCUGCAAAGGGGGCGAGAUGGAGAGUGGAAAGGUCACGGGGCAGGUCAUGUGAAGCUGCCAUAGACGUUGGGCCCAUGUUUGUGUAAUCUGCUCGGUAGCAGAUCUCCAGAGUCUUUCCCAUCACCUCUGCUCCCUCAUCUUUAGAUGCCAGAGUUUGGACCCGGGACCUUUCGCAGGCAAAACGUGCGCUCUGUCACUGAGCCAUCAGAAUGUGGCGUUUGAUUUUUUUUAUUUUCAAACUGGCUAGGAAGGACAUUCUUUUCUCUCCCUGGCGUGCCAUUUCUCCCCUUCUGAACUUGCCCUGUCCUUCAACUCCCCGAGUCUUUUGGGUACAUCUUUUUGUCGUUUUCAUGGUUAGUUUCCUCUCCUUCCUGUACCACCUGUUUGUUGUUGUUUUUUCAUUUGCUUGUUUCAGUCAGGCGAAGCCCUUUGAGAGAUGGCCUUUUUCUCCCCCUCCCCUCCAAUACGCUUCUAAUUUGAGCUUCUGUCCUUGGACACAUGUGUGCAAAGUCGGAGGAGUUCAGAAACCAGUUUAAUGGGAUGUUGACUUCUGCCACAUCAGUCUAAAAUGACUAGCUCUGUGUUCACUCAAGAGCAAGAACCAGGCAGUCUUGCUCAUCUUUUUAUUUUUAAUGCAAUUGACCAUUUCUAUUCACUUGUUUUCGGACGCGGGUGGCGCUGUGGGUUAAACCACAGAGCCUAGGACUUGCCGAUCAGAAGGUCGGCGGUUCGAAUCCCUGUGAUGGGGUGAGCUCCCAUUGCUUGGUCCCUGUUCCUGCCAACCUAGCAGUUCAAAAGCACGUCAAAGUGCAAGUAGAUCAAUAGGUACCACUCCGGCGGGAAGGUAAAUGGCGUUUCCUUGCGCUGCUCUGGUUCGCCAGAAGCGGCUUAGUCAUGCUGGCCACAUGACCCAGAAGCUGUACGCCAGCUCCCUCGGCCAAUCCAGCGAGAUGAGCGCCGCACCCCAGAGUCGGCCAUGACUGGCCCUAACAGUCAGGGGUCCCUUUUCCUUUUAUUCACUUGUUUGAAUCCAUUAUACAUACAACUUUAAUUUCAACUUAACCAACUUGGUGCAUAGAUCUGGACCUGCUGCAUUCAUUUGUGUUUUCCUUGACGGGUCCUGUGUUACAGAUCUGUAAGGGGUAGCAGGACUCUUCCACAUAUUUUGACCAUAUUUAUUCAGAAACCGGAAGUCUCACACAUCAGGAGGUGUGAGAUGGGGGCUUGUUGACUUGGUGUCCCCUGCUGCCUCUUUCCCACCAAACUGCCUAAUGGUGGAGUUUUAGCCUUGUAAAAGGAAAAGGAAGAAGACUGUCACCUUUGCUUUUGCCCAAGGCUGAGCAUUUUUGCAACACUGGGGUGUAAAAAAAAAGAGAACAAUUGCAAAUGCUGUCCCUCUUUCUUUGCAGAUUGUGGGUGACGCAGUUGGCUGGGGAUUUGUGGUCCGUGGAGGUCAGCCAUGCCACAUCCAGGCUGUGGAUCCAGGAGGACCGGCUGCAGCUGCUGGCAUGAAGGUACCAGUCUUAUCUAGUCAACCAGAUCCCUAUACAUCAGCCUGGGUAGCUCAGUUUUAGAGUGUGGUGCUGUAACACCAAGGUUGCAGGUUUGAUCCCCAUACGGGACAGCUGCAUUUUCCUGCAUUGCAGGGGCUUGGAUGAGAUGUUUCUCAGGGUCCCUUCCAACUCAACAAUUCUAUAGGACUCUAUAGGAAGCCCCUCAGCAGGACCUGAAUGCCUCGUCGUGCUCCCCAGAAGCCAGUCUUCAGGACAUGCAGCCGUCAACCCCACAACCUCCCAUUCAUUUGGCUGAAAGCUCUUCUGAGAACUUUUGGACCAGCACUAGUCAGAAUGGAAACUGAAAGCUUGCCUAUAUUUGAUAUACUUUGGCUGUUGUGCAAAGCUGGGUGGAAGGAGCCUCGUUGCAGCACCUGGAAGCUGAUGGAUGAGUUGUCGGCCGAUCGCGGGAAAAGGAGCUGAGUGAAUUCGACAAGCAAAUCCUCUCUGUCUACUCGAGCACGAAAGGCGAUGGGUGCCACCUGAGAGCACUGAACCAAAAAUAAAUGGGUUUUGAGCUCCUCCUUAAGGAUCAGCUCCUUUGGAAUGAGAGGAGCUGUUGGCUCUGCUGCUUAGAAGCUUUAUUAUUAUUAUUAUUAUUAUUAUUAUUUUAUUUGGAGAAAGGAGGAAGAAGCAAGGGAGUGGCUUAUACAAAUGCAAACUUUGGUGGUCUGUGUGUGUUUUUUGGAACUAAAGAGUUUCUCAAAAGACUGCUUCUAUCAAAUUAGGUAUGUGUAUAAGAUUUUGCUUGCACAAGACUUUCUGAAUUUUCAUUGAAUUUCACUUCUGACAGAAUUUGGUGGCUUCUCCGGAGAAGUAUGAAAUCUCCCUGAGAAAUCUCCCUGCUUUUUGUGAAAUGAUUCUUCUUCUUCUUCUUCUAUUAUUAUUAUUAUUAUUAUUAUUAUUAUUAUUACUACUGCUACUACUAUUAUUACCCCACCCACCUGGCCUUUCACAGCUCUGGACACUCCCGCAGGUGCUCCACAUGAUUGAGAUUCCCUAAAAAUUCACUUUUAAGAAAAAUGUAGUGUAACUUCUCCUUUCCCCUCCCUUUAGGUCUGCCAGUUUGUCUAUUCUGUGAACGGGAUGUAUGUCUUACAUCUGGACUAUCAGACCAUUAGCAGCCUCAUCAUGACCGGACCUCGAACUCUUGUGCUGGAGAUUAUGGAAGCCACUGAAUGAGUGAAAAGGCCACAUGUUGACUUCCUUUUCCGCAAACCCACAACUCCUUGCCUGAGACCACCAACCAGAUUUCACAAGCUAUGGAUGAGACAAUCGAUCUAAGUGAAUCCUCAAAACCCAGAAGGGGCUCAGUGUUUCCUCUUAUGCCUCCUGGCUAAUAAGCAUAUCCUGAAGAUGCCAAGGCGGGUUUUUUGAAGAGCUGGGUCUUGAAGACCCAAGGAGUCUCUUCACAUGGAGAAAAGGAGAGUUGGGAUUCUUUUUUAAAAGAGUAAUACCCAAAAGCUCAUCCAAACAACUUCUUAACACCAUAAGAAUGUUGCCAAAGCUCAGCACCAUCCUCCUCUUUCUCAUAGUGCCUCUGUCUACCUUAGAGAAAAGAGCAAAUUGCUCACUAGAACAGAUAAUAAUAAUAAUAAUAAUAAUAAUAAUAAUAAUAAUAAUAAUUUAUUUAUACCCUACCCAUCUGGCUGGGUUUCCCCAACCACUCUGGGCGGCUCCCAACAGAAUAUUAAUAAUAAUUUUAAAAAGCAAUCAAACAUUAAAAACUUUCCUAAACAGGGCUGCCUUCAGAUGUCUUCUAAAAGUCAGAUAGUUGUUUAUUUCCUUGACAUAUGACAGAAGGGCGUUCCACAGGGCAAGCGCCACUACCGAGAAGGCACUCUGCCUAGUUCCCUGUAACCUCACGUCUCACAGUGAGGAAAUCACCAGAAGGCCCUUGGAGCUGGACCUCAGUGUCCAAGCUGAACAAUGGGGGUGGAGACGCUCCUUCAGGUAUACUGGACUGAGGCCGUUUAGGGCUUUAAAGGUCAGCACCAACACUUUGAAUUGUGCUUGGAAAUGUAUUGGGAGCCAGUGUAGGUCUUUCAGGACCAGUGUUAUAUGGUUUCGGUGGCCAGUCACCAGCCUGGCUGCCAAAUUCUGGAUUAGUUGCCGUUGACAUGUCCUUGUGUGACUUCAUCAAAAAUGAUUCUUUUUCCGCUGUGCAUAUCAUGUGUGCAGGCAAAACAGAAGUGACCCACUGGGUCCUCCUGGACAGAACCCUGCAGGUGGGACUGGCAACAAAACAUUGCUGUGCAAAAUGGUUCUGCUCAUUGUGCUUGCCAGUCCACCCAGCCAUGCCCUCCUGCAAGUUACUCCCUUCCCUUCUCCUCAGUUUCCCAUAGACUAGGAUAGCUCAGUCAGUAGAGCAUGAGACUCUUAGUCUCAGGGCUGUGAGUUUGAGUCCCACAUUGGGUGGAAAAUUCCUGCAUUGCCCUAGAUCAGCCUUUCUCAACCUGUGGGUCCCCAGAUGUUGUUGAACUACAACUCCCAUCACCCCUGGCUAGCAAGGCCAGAGCUCAGGGAUGAUGGGAGUUGUAGUCCAACAACAUCUGGGGACCCACAGGUUGAGAACCGCUGCCCUAGAUUAUCUUCGUGAUCAAGUCCAGUGCUACAAUUCAAUUUCCCCCAACAGUCAUUCAGCAUUCUGUGGUACUGAACAUGCAUAGCUCUUAUUGGGCUGUGUAUUGACUGUUCAGGGUGAUUCCCACCCACCCAAACUCUGGAAUUUCCUGCUCUUGUUUCUUUGUGGCCUUGUGCUUAACUGCAAGUGCUGUUGGCACAAACCGGUUGAGUUUGCUGCUGGAGGGAGCAAUAACACUUUGCACCCAUGCUUCAGGGAAAGAGCAGCCAACAUGGUGCCCUACAGAUAUUGCUGGAGCACAACUCCUAUCAUCUCUGGCCAUCGACCAUGCUGGCUGCAGCUGAUGGGAGUUGGAGUCUAUCAACAUCUGGAGGGCCUCGGAACGCUCACACUUGGCUGUAGGUUGCCAUAUUGACUCCAAUUCUUUUAAGUGAUACUCUGAGAAUUUGGAAUCUCUCAGAUCUGUGGUGCAUCAGAGGCCUUGCAGUAUGCGCAGAAUUCAUUCUGGCUUCCAUGGUCUACUCUGAACUGUUGGCUGAGUCGGAUGCAUCUAAUAGAGGUUACCGCCCACACACUUCCGCUGCGCUUUUCUGCUUGUGUGGUGGCACCUCGGUAAACCCACUUCUUACUGUUUGUAGCAGAGUUUUCCCCGGAGGCAGAAGACAAGAAGAGGGGUCAUACUCAAAUUCACAGUCAAGAGCUUCUUUAUUGCUUGACUGGUUGCACAAGCAUUUCUGUUACUAUUACAUACAAGCUAUUUACAUUCCUUCUUUAUCUCUCCAGCACGGUAUAAUCUCAGUCCAGUAAUUAACAAUCCUGACACAGCAAAACUCACAUUACCAGCAGCACACAUUGUCUUACUUCCAACCUUGUUGUCAGUGUGCGUGCUGUGUGUGUGUGUGUGUGUGUGUGUGUGUGCUUUCCUUGUGCAGAAAUUUCAGCCUGCAACUUCCUUUAUUUGCACCGCCAGCUGACACCAAUCAAGCCUAGCGUGCCUCUCCUACACACUAAAGAAAAUUCUGGAACCCUCUUUAAAGCUUCCAGGAACUUUUAUAUGUUUCUUAAAGAAUGUUUUCCUAACAGCAUCCAUGCUGCCUGUCUCCGAAACAUUUUUACAGUACUGCUGAUAUAAAGGCAUGUUCCCUAUAAGAAUCACCUGACUGUCUUUUCUCCAUAUAUAAAGCUGACAGUGGCUUCUUCGGCAUUCCAAGAAAACAUGAAUUCUAGGGUGCUCUGCACACGUAAUAAAGGUUUUCCCCUUCUUCCGCACAAAAAACACAGAGGUCUUACUCACUGGCUGUGUGGUGGGGUGUGUGAUCAAAACACUCUGCUUCUUGGGCUUGCCAAUCGGAAAGUCGGCAGUUCGAAUCCGCACGACAGGGUGAGCUUCUGUUGCUCUGCCCCAGCUUCUGCCAACCUAGCAGUUUGAAAGCAUACCAGUGCAAGUAGAUAACUAGGUACCACUGCGUCGG